AUGUGGCGGUCCCACCAAAAGGUGAACCCAGCCAGCAGGCGACAAGGCCAGGACCGUGAAGUUCAGUCAGACGACAAGGACGAAGGUGACCAGGACGAAGGUGACCUGGGCGAAGCUAACCAGGACGAACGUAACCAGGACGAAGGUGACCAGGACGAAGGUGACCUGGGCGAAGGUAACCAGGACCCACGUGACCAGGACGGAGGUGGCCAGGACGAAGCGGCCGCUGCGCUCAACCUGGCCGACGUGCCCUGCGGCAAGCAGGCGGCCGCCACCAAGAUCGUGGGCGGCGGCGCGGCGCGGCCCGGCCAGUUCCCCUGGCUGCUGUCGCUACAGCGCGACCAGCAGCACUGGUGCGGCGCCACGCUCGUCAACAAGUGGUUCGCCGUGACGGCCGCGCACUGCCUGAAGACGGUGCCGGCCGACCGGUUCAGCGUGGUGGCCGGCGAGCACGACCUGACCAAGACGGAUGCCAAGGAACAGCGGCUGCCAGUGAAGGCUAUUGCGCUGCACCCGGGCUACACGGUGGGGAAGUUCCGGCACGACCUGGCCGUGCUGCGUCUGCGCGCCGACGUGCUGCAGUCGGUGGCGGUGCCUGUCAUGGGGCCGACCGAGUGCACCGCCUGGUUCCGCGACGCCGGCAAGCGCAACAAGCUGCGGGAGGGCCAGCUGUGCGCCGGCUUCAAGGAGGGCGGCCGCGACGGCUGCCAGGGUGACAGCGGCGGCCCGCUCCUGCUGCCGGAGCAGGGCCGCGCCACGCUGGUGGGAGUCGUGUCGGCCGGCAUCGGCUGCGGCCGACCCAGUCUGCCCGGCGUCUACACCGACGUCUCCCACUACAGCGACUGGCUGCAAACAACCUCUGCUGCUCUGAAAAUAGACUCUGCGCUACAACAGAGUCUAUUUUUAGAACAAAGCACUGGGAAAGGAGGGAAUUUGCGCUAG